AUGCAGGCGUUGAAAAAAAGGAAGCUGGCUCACGCAGCUCGGCCAGAUUCUACAAAAAGCAAUUCCGAAACAUCAGGCUCCAAGUCUGCGGAGCAAUCGCAGGAUCAAUUGACCUCCGAAGCUGGUGAACAGGGUGCCAAAAACUCACAAGAAGAGACUGCCACAAAGUCAUUCAAGGAUUUGGGGGUUAUAGACUCUCUAUGUGAGGCUUGUGAGGCUUUAGGCUAUAAGGCACCCACUCCAAUUCAAACAGAAGCAAUCCCUCUUGCUCUGCAAGGCCGGGAUCUGAUUGGGUUGGCGGAGACAGGAAGCGGGAAGACAGCCGCUUUUGCCUUACCUAUUCUACAAGGUGAACUGCUCAGCUUCCUUUUGCGGACUCACUGGGCUCUAAUGGAUAAACCACAAUCCCUAUUCGGCCUCGUACUCGCCCCAACUCGAGAGCUGGCAUACCAAAUAUCCGAAGCCUUCGAAGCUCUAGGAUCCCUUAUCUCAGUCCGCUGCGCCGUCAUAGUUGGCGGAAUGGACAUGGUCCCGCAAGCAAUCGCCCUCGGAAAGAAACCUCACAUCAUAGUCGCAACACCGGGCCGCCUCCUCGACCACCUCGAGAACACGAAAGGCUUCUCCCUCCGCAACCUCAAAUACCUUGUCAUGGACGAAGCUGACCGUCUCCUCGACCUUGAUUUCGGCCCCAUCCUCGACAAGAUCCUCAAAGUCCUCCCCCGUGAACGCCGCACAUAUCUUUUCUCCGCAACCAUGAGCUCAAAAGUCGAAUCCCUCCAGCGCGCCUCUCUCUCCAAUCCGCUCCGCGUCUCCAUCUCCAGCAGCAAAUACCAAACAGUCUCCGCCUUACUCCAAACUUUCCUCUUCAUCCCCCAUAAAUACAAAGACAUCUACCUCGUGUACCUCCUCAACGAGUUCGCCGGCCAGUCCGCUAUCAUCUUCACACGCACAGUCAACGAAACCCAACGCCUCGCCAUCUUGCUCCGCGCUCUGGGUUUCGGUGCGAUCCCGCUCCACGGCCAGCUCUCCCAGUCCUCCCGACUAGGCGCAUUGAGUAAAUUCCGCUCGCGCAGCCGCGACAUCCUCGUCGCCACCGAUGUUGCGGCACGGGGUCUCGACAUCCCCUCCGUCGACGUGGUGCUCAAUUUCGACCUCCCGCCAGACAGCAAGACAUACAUCCAUCGUGUAGGCCGGACCGCACGAGCUGGAAAGAGUGGGCAUGCGUUUAGUUUUGUGACACAGUAUGACCUGGAGGUUUGGCUGCGGAUUGAGAAUGCGCUGGAUAAGAAGUUGGAGGAGUAUAAGGUUGAGAAAGAGGAGGUGAUGGUGCUGAGUGAUAGGGUUAGUGAGGCGCAGAGGCAUGCCAUUACGGAGAUGAAGAACUUGCAUGAGAAUAGGGGUUCUAAGGGGGCUACAUUGAGGGGCAGGAGGCCAGCGAAGGCAUCGAAACGGGGGAGGGAUGAGAUGGAUCGUGAGGAGGGGUAG